UGAAGCUCUGCCACCAUCAGUGAAAGACAAAGACAGAGUUUAUUGAAGGACAGUGAGAAGAUGAGUGAUCCAGAACCCUGCAGAAUUAAACAGGAAGAGACUGAAGAACUAAUAGAUGUGGUGGUGAAAGAGGAGAGUGAAGAACUGAGUGGAGAUGAGGAGAAACAUCAUGUCAAGAGUGAAGAAGAAACUCACGUAAACACUGAAGAUGAUGUUUCAAUGGAAACAACAGCCCAAAAAUGUUUCACCUGCACUCAGUGUGGAACGAUUUUAAGCUCUAGAUGCCAUCUCAAGCGUCACCUGCUGAUCCACACAGGAGAGAGACCACACAAAUGUGAUCAGUGCAGCAAAACGUAUUUGAGGUCUUCAGAGCUGAAGAGACAUCUUAGCGUUCAUACAAGCGAAAGGCCUUAUUCAUGUUCAGAAUGUGGAAAGAGUUUUAGACAUCAGACACAUUUAAAAGACCAUCAGAAGCUCCACACUGCUGUGAGAAAGUUUGUCUGCUCUGAGUGUAAGAAGACGUUUACUACAGCUGAAUACUUAAAACGGCAUGAGAGGAUUCACAUUGGAGAGAAACCUUUUGAGUGUUCACACUGCAACAAGAGAUUCAGACUGGCUAGUCUCCUUAAAUUUCACAAAAUGACUCACACUGGAGAGAGACCGUUCACAUGUACUCAGUGUGGGAAGAGUUUCACACAGUUAUCACACCUCAAGGAACACAUGCUGGUCCACACUGGAGAGAGACCACACAAAUGUGAUCAGUGCGACAAAGCAUUUUUCAGGUCUUCAGAGCUGAAGAAACAUCUUAGAGUUCAUACAAACGAGAGGCCAUAUUUAUGUUCAGAGUGUGGGAAGAGUUUUACACUUAAGUCCCAUUUAAAUGGCCAUCAGAAGAUCCACACUGGUGUGAGAGAGUUUGUCUGCUCUGAGUGUGGGAAGACUUUUAAACGAGUUUCAGACUUGAGACGACACCAGAAGAUUCACACUGGAGUGAAAGCGUACGUGUGUUCACACUGCGACAAAGCAUUCAGAGAUUCAGGAUACCUGAAAACACAUGAGAGGACUCACACUGGAGAGAAACCGUACACCUGUGCUCAGUGUGGGAAGAGUUUCGCACAGUUCGCUCACCUUAAUAGACAUGUGCUGAUGCACACUGGAGGGAAAAGUCAUGAAUAAACAACAUUUUUUAAGGCUUCAGAGCUGAAGAGACAUCUUAGAGUUCAUACAAAGGAGAAGUUUUAUUCAGGCUCUUUAAGAGAGAGUCGUACACCUCAAUGAAAUUUCCUUUCCUGAAAACUCUAUUCACAAACACCAGAUUUCACAGUUAAACAGCCUUCAUCUAUGUCCAGACUCGGUCCUGGAGGGCAGGGGUCCUGCACAGUUUAGUUCCAACCACAAUCAGACACACCUGGGCUAGCCAAUCCAGCUCUUACUAGGCUUUAUAGAAACAUCCUUGCAGGUGUGUUGAGGCAAGUUGGAGCUAAAGUCUGCAGUACACCGGCCCUCCAGGACCGAGUUUGGACACCCCUGAUCUAAAGGUUAUCAUCAGCUUCAUUGUGUGAUUCAGAUCAGCUCAUUGAUGGAGUUCCUCACCAAACAACAUCAUCUGAAGCUUUUAUUAUUGUCCAUUAUUUUGUCUCCUGAUAAGUUUCAUAUAAUUAGGCACAACAUCUAAAUUCAGGUGUUUUAUUUGUGUAAUUCUCAUAUGAAUGUUCACUGCCUGUAAAUCUCUAUAUUUUCAGGCUGUUGAUCUUUUAUUGAGCUUUUCAACAAAGCUGUACACUAGAUGAUAUAUGAUUCUUUUGAUUGUCAUUCAUUUCAAUAGUUUUGUUUAAUUGUGCAUUGUUUUAUAAAAAAUAAUUCCAUAAUCUUAUAUUUUAGUAAAAACUAAUUUUAGUUACUUCAGGAAUCGUUUAUUUUAGACAUAUGCCUGUCAGCCAUCAAGCAUGCGCCUUUACUUUUGCUUAUUAAGGGUGCUGUAUGUACGUUUUGGACUCUUCUAAAGCAUAAAAACACCAUAAUAUGU